AUGAACAAAGCGAUCAAUACACCAAUCACCCCAGUGAGACUUGGAGAGAAGUUAGAUAGAGCCCCGUUAAAGACAGGCGCAACUGUCGAUACGAUCGACAAGCUCUCUGAAGCUGCCGUGCUGGGCGAUGAAACGAGAGUGGAAGAUACACUCAGAGUGCUUGUUCCAGUCGCAUUGGAGGUAGCGUCAACUGUUGUAGAUUCAGCAGCAAAAGCGCCAACAUUUGUGGAAAGGCUCGAUUCUGCUCCGGCUUUUGCAGAAGAUGCCUCGGGAGCCUGGGUGGAGCCAGUUGCAGCCCCAGUCCCGGAAGUGCUAGAUGUCGUAGACGCAUAUGUGCUGUGCACAGUAGAGGUAGACCUGUCUGAACUGGAUCCUGAGCUGGAUCCUGAGCCAAAGGCGGAUGUAGUGGGAGAAGCAGAUCCCGAAAAGGCCAGGUCAGAGGAGGGUGAAUUAGAGGCGGAAGCGGAGCGGCUAGGUCUGGGGCCAGUCGAACUCGAAGUAGCAGAACUGGAAGCCGGGCAGGACGCUUCUGCGGAUUGGCCGGAUUUCACGGUUAACCCAGAAACUAUGACCGUCCCGCCUGAGCCAUUGCAUUCAACUAAGAUGUCAACUAUCUCUGAGGAGUCGGCUGCAAGACAAGCAGUGAACGGAGCGGAGGACCCGGCGUCGACAACAGUGGUCGAAAUCACUUGCGAGCCUUGGGAAACGUACAGAGUACAAGAUAGGGUAUCUCGCUUUCGUGUUGCAGAGGUCUCAGUCACUGAUACGGUACCAGAGACUGCACUGGUUGAGUCAUCUGUGUCAACCGAUACACUCGCCGCAGCAGAGUCACCAUCGGUAGUGCUACCGCUUAAUGUGGAUGUUCCAUCAUCAUCUGUCGUAAUAGUUCCAGUAGAUGCCGUCCAGGCUGUGGAAGUUGUAGAGGAAGCUGUGGUAGAGACGGGGGUUGAGGAGACGGCCGUAGUGCCCGAGGACUCGGUGCUAACCGAAGAUGUCAUGGUGCUGAGAGCAUCAGUAGGAAUAAGGUUGUCGUCACUAGUCGUGGAUGAAUCAGUUGUGGUAGGCGUGGCACUUGAAGAUGCCGGCGUGGUAGCUGAGGACGCAUCGCUGGGCGUAGUCGCCGCGAAUGAUGAUGUGACCAUAUCAGAAGCAGUCGUGGAACAUGUAGAAUAG